AUGGAGUGCAACCCUGGAAACGGAAAAGUGAAAAUUAGAGUCCAGUACAAGUUACCCAAAGGGCAGAGAUAUUUGGAUUCUACGGAAGGUCCCACUUCCCACCGGGCCCCUCCUUUCCUUCCUUUUUCCAGCCGCCGCCCAGGCGCGGGCGGGAAGGGCUGGGCGGCCGCCGACACGCCCGGGCAGGGCGCUCGCGUCCUUCCACCUUCCAGACGCCGGAUUGACAGUCCCCGCAGAAAUGUGAUAACAGGUGCUUCUACAAUGGAAGUCAUGUGCCAUGAACUCCGCAGUUGUGUGCCGGCAUAUAGAUGCAGUCCAGAGAAAAGUGCUUCAUUCUUCAGUAAGAUGACCUAUUCCUGGUUUAGUAGAAUAAUUAUUUUAGGCUAUAAGAAACCUUUGGAAAGAGAGGAUCUUUUUGAACUUAAUGAAAGCGAUUCCUCCUAUAUUGUGUGUCCCAUCUUUGAGAAACAAUGGAGGAAGGAAGUUUUAAGGACUCAAGAGAAGCAAAAAGUAAAGUCAUCUUUUCAUAAAGAGGCACACACCAGGAAGCCAUCUCUACUCCGGGCAUUGUGGAACACUUUUAAGUUUGUCCUGAUUCAGGUUGCUUUAUUCAAAGUAUUGGCUGAUGUUUUGUCCUUCACUAGCCCACUCAUAAUGAAGCAAAUGAUCCUUUUCUGUGAACAACGCCCAGAUUUUGGCUGGAGUGGUUAUGGCUAUGCUUUGGCGCUUUUUGUUGUAGUCUUUUUGCAAACCCUGAUCCUUCAGCAAUACCAGCGUUUUAAAAUGCUCACUUCAGCAAAAAUUAAGACAGCUGUAAUUGGACUGAUCUACAAAAAGAAAAAUCAAAGGAAGAACAAAGACAAACAGAUAAAACUGCUCAAUGAAAUCUUACAUGGAAUUAAGAUUCUCAAACUUUAUGCAUGGGAACCCUCUUAUAAAAAGAAGGUUAUUGAAAUUCGAGAACAGGAAUUGGAAGUUCAAAAAUCAGCUGGAUAUCUUGCUGUAUUUUCCAUGCUAACUUUAACUUGCAUUCCAUUCUUGGUGUCUCUAGCAACAUUUGGUGUCUAUUUCUUACUGGAUGAAGAAAACAUUUUAACAGCCACUAAAGUGUUCACAUCUAUGUCUUUGUUUAAUAUCUUGAGGCUUCCUCUGUUUGAUUUACCGAUGGUGAUCUCAGCUGUGGUCCAGACAAGAAUAUCACUGCUUCAUUUGGAAGACUUUCUCAACACUGAGGAACUUCUUCCACAUAGUAUUGAAGCAAAUUACAUAGGAGAUCAUGCCAUUGGUUUUACAAAUGCUUCCUUUUCCUGGGAUAAAACAGGGGUUCCAGUAUUAAAAGACUUGAACAUAAAGAUUCCAGAAGGAGCUUUAGUGGCUGUUGUAGGGCAAGUCGGGUCUGGAAAAUCAUCUGUGCUUUCUGCAAUUCUGGGGGAAAUGGAGAAACUAAAAGGAGUAGUCCAAAGAAAGGGCUCCGUGGCUUAUGUUUCCCAGCAGGCCUGGAUUCAGAAUUGCAUUUUGCAAGAAAACAUUCUCUUUGGCUCUGUCAUGCAGAAGCAGCUUUAUGAGAGAGUUUUGGAAGCCUGUGCCCUCCUUCCUGAUUUGGAGCAGUUACCCAACGGAGAUCAAACUGAGAUUGGAGAAAAAGGUGUGAAUAUAAGUGGCGGACAGAAGCAUCGAGUGUGUCUGGCCAGAGCUGUCUACAGUGGGGCUGACAUCUACCUUCUAGAUGAUCCCUUGUCUGCAGUUGAUGUUCAUGUUGCAAAGCAACUUUUUGAAAAAGUGAUUGGGUCCUCUGGCAUGUUAAGGAACAAGACUCGAAUUUUAGUGACACACAACCUCACACUUCUGCCACAGAUGGAUCUCAUUGUUGUAAUGGAAAGUGGCAGAGUAGCACAAAUGGGAACUUACCAGGAACUUCUGUCUGAAACCAAAAAUCUCACGAAUUUGCUUCAGGCCUUCAGUGAACAAGAAAAAGCUCAUGCUUUAAAGCAAGUCAGUGUAAUCAAGUCCAGAACUGUUCUGAAAGACCAAAUCCUGGUGCAAAAUGAUAGGCCCUUAUUGGAUGAAAGAAAACAGUUCUCAGUGAGAAAAGAAAAAAUUCCUGUUGGUGGGGUGAAGUUUCCAGUCAUCCUAAAGUAUCUUCAAGCCUUCGGCUGGCUCUGGGUGUGGCUGAAUGUGGCCACUUGCCUGGGGCAGAAUUUGCUGAGGACUGGACAGAAUCUCUGGCUUAGUACCUGGGCAAAAGAAGCAAAGCACAUGAAUGAUUUCACAGAAUGGAAGCAAAUAAGAAGCAAUAAAUUAAGCAUCUAUGGAUUACUGGGAUUAAUGCAAGGUCUCUGUGUGUGCUCUGGAGCUUAUGUAGUCACCAGGGGAUCCUUGGCUGCCUCUCGAGUUUUGCAUGCUCAGCUAUUGGACAAUGUGCUGCAUCUCCCACUCCAGUUUUUUGAAACCAAUCCCAUAGGCCAGGUCAUCAGUAGGUUCACCAAGGAUAUGUUUAUAAUUGAUAUGCGUUUCCAUUACUACAUACGGACCUGGGUGAACUGUACACUGGAUGUUAUUGGAACAGUUUUGGUCAUUGUGGGAGCUUUGCCACUCUUCGUUCUGGGGGUUAUUCCCUUGGUUUUCCUUUAUUUCACUAUACAGAGAUGCUACAUGGCGAGCUCUCGGCAGAUUCGACGACUGGCAGGAGCGUCUCGCUCUCCAAUCCUUUCCCAUUUCUGCGAGACUCUGCUGGGAGUGUCCACUAUCAGGGCAUUUGGACAUGAACAGAGGUUCAUCCAGCAAAACAAAGAGGUGGUGAAUGAGAACUUGGUCUGUUUCUAUAACAAUGUGAUUUCAAACAGGUGGCUGUCUGUUAGACUUGAAUUUCUUGGCAACUUAAUGGUGUUCUUCACUGCAGUGCUUACUGUGCUGGCUGGCAAUUCUAUAGAUUCAGCAAUAGUUGGUUUGUCUAUAUCCUAUGCCCUAAAUAUUACUCAAACCCUUAAUUUUUGGGUAAGGAAAGCAUGUGAAAUCGAAGCCAAUGCAAUUUCCAUUGAAAGAGUUUGUGAAUAUGAAAAUAUGGAUAAAGAGGCACCCUGGAUAACGUCUAAGAGGCCUCCAUCACAAUGGCCCAAUAAAGGGAUAGUGGAGUUUGUUGAUUAUCGAGCUCAAUACCGAGAUGAUCUUGGUUUAGCAUUACAAGAUAUCACUUUCCAGACUCGUGGGGAAGAGAAGAUUGGAAUUGUGGGACGAACUGGAGCAGGCAAAUCAACACUAUCAAACUGCCUAUUUCGAAUUGUAGAAAGAUCAGGAGGUAAAAUUAUAAUUGAUGGAAUUGACAUAUCUACUAUUGGGCUUCAUGACCUUCGUGGCAAACUUAAUAUUAUUCCACAGGAUCCUGUUUUAUUUUCUGGAACCCUUCAAAUGAACCUGGAUCCCCUAGACAAGUAUCCUGAUCAUGAGCUAUGGGAGGUGCUGGAACUAUGUCACUUAAAAGAGUUUGUGCAGUCCCUUCCCAAGAAGCUGCUGCAUGAGAUUUCAGAGGGUGGUGAAAACCUCAGUGUUGGACAACGACAGCUCGUCUGUCUUGCUCGUGCUUUGCUGAGAAAAACAAAAAUUCUCAUCUUGGAUGAGGCAACAGCUUCCAUCGAUUUUGAGACUGAUAACUUGGUGCAGACCACAAUCAGGAAGGAGUUUUCUGAUUGCACCAUCCUGACAAUUGCUCACAGACUGCACUCUAUCAUUGAUUCAGACAGGGUACUUGUUCUAGACUCUGGAAGAAUUGCAGAAUUUGAAACACCACAGAAUUUGAUACACAAGAGAGGCCUUUUCUUUGACAUGCUAACAGAAGCUGGAAUAACACGAGACUCAGGGGUGAAAAAUAAAUAGUUUAUAUAUGGAUUACACCAAAUUAAAAAAAAAAGUAUUUGAAAAAAUAAAGACAGGAGAGAAAUGUCAAAAAGUAGGCCUAUGUUGGCACAAAUAGAGAUAAGCACCAUAGUUCUAACCAUCCUGAGCUGUGCCCAACCUUUUUUCUUCCAUUCAUGCCCUCCUGAAUAUCUGCCUUUUCCUGAUUGCCCAAAGUCCAAAAUGCCACCUAUCCUUUAAGUCUCUGACUUUGUUCAGGAGUUAUCUUCUGCACAAAGUAUCUCUUGGUUUCUCUCCUUGGUCCCCUGUCUUAUCUAGAUGCCCUUUUGCUAUGCUCUGACUAGCCCUAUGUGCAUAACUUUAUCAUGGCAAGGACCAAAAUCUGUUUAAAUUCUUUUAGUGUGCUCCCCUUAAAGCUACUUGAAGGCAAAUGCCCAGUUUUAUCAUCUUUGUAUGUUAGGCUGCUAGCAUAGUGCUUUCAGGUUGUUGAUACUCAACAAAUAUUUGUAGAAUAAAUCAUUAGGCAUUUUAGAGUAAUACUGUAUAGGCACCUAUACACAUAUGAACAAAGUUUUGAAUUACUGUACAAUAUAUAAAAUUUCGGAGGAAUCACAGAAAAACUUUGAGUUAUUCAGCUGCUUUUUUGAAAGAGAAAGUAUAUGUUAAUUGAAUUUUAUGAUGUGCUUUAUUUAAAAAUAAUAUUUAUAAUAUUUUUACUAUUUGAGUAAAAAGCCAGUAUUUUCUAUGGAAUGUCAUUUUUGACUUGAUGAAGCUCAGUGAGUUAUGUAUCAGAUGGUAUACUUUCACAAGUAAUUAUUAGUUUGUGGUAUGAUUAUAUUUUGAAUGCCUUUUUAAUUUGGUAGUUUUAUGUAAUAGCAACAUUAUUUCUCUGAAUUGCCCUUCAAAUUUGAAGUUUCCAAACCUCAAUUAUAUUUUCCUUUCAAGAUUAUUUUAAUAAAAUGUUUUAACCUGUUCAGA